GCUUGAAGGACAUUUUGUCGGGUGAAAAGAUUUAAAAAACACAGAUUCCACGGCUGCAGGUUUUAGAGCAGCAGGGUGACUAUGGGGAACGCCAAGAGUGGGGCUAUUUCAAAAGAGAUCCUGGAAGAUCUUAAAGAAAACACAAGGUAUUCAGAUGACGAACUCUGCAAAUGGUACGAGAGUUUCAACAAGCAGUGUCCCGAUGGCAAAAUCACCCGCACCGAGUUUGAGAAGAUCUAUGCCAAUUUCUUCCCCAAUUCUGAUCCCAAGAGCUACGCCCGGCACGUGUUCCGUAGCUUCGACACCAAUGAAGAUGGUACAUUAGACUUUAGGGAGUACAUCAUUGCCCUGCACCUCACUUCUUCUGGAAAAACCAGCCUCAAACUAGAAUGGGCAUUUUCCCUGUUUGAUGUAGACAAGAACGGGGAAAUCAGCAAGGUGGAAGUGCUUGAGAUUAUCACUGCAAUAUUCAAGAUGAUCCCACCAGAAGAGCAGAAGAAACUGCCAGAUGAUGAAAAUACCCCACAAAAAAGAGCAGACAAGCUAUGGGCCUACUUCAAAAAGACUGAGGAAGCUAAAAUAGCCGAGGGAGAAUUCAUCCAAGGCGUUAUGAUGAACGACGAGAUCAUGAGGCUUAUUCAGUACGACCCGAAGAAAUAAGCAGCCACCACUGAAGGAAGAGAAGAUGGGGAAGCCCAAGUGAAUGCCAAUAAAAUUCCGUGUGUUUGUGUUUGUGAGACAGCAAUUCUUUUUCUCCAUUUCAGAAUAAAGUCAUACAAUGCAUGUGUUGGUUUUAAAGCGCCAGUGCAAUAAACUUAUCCAGAAAAAACUUCUGGACUAUAUGGCACUAGUGACAAACCAAA